AUGAAGCCUACUCUACUUGCUGGGCCGUGCCUACUUCUACUCCUCUGCUUGCGGGUACGACCCAAAGCCAAAUCCGGAACUGGCAAGAAACCCGCCGCGGCCCCUUUUGGUGCGAGCAAAACCACCAAGGCUAAGAAGAACCCUUUGUUCGAGGCUAACGCCAAGAACUUUGGUAUCGGCCAGGACAUCCGACCCCAAACCGACCUCACCCGUUUCGUCAAAUGGCCCGAAUACGUCCGCCUUCAAAGGCAAAAGGUCAUUCUGCAUCAACGUCUCAAGGUCCCACCCGCGAUCGCCCAGUUCUCCCAUACUCUGGACAAGAACACUGCGACGCAAUUGUUCAAGCUGUUGAACAAAUACCGCCCAGAGUCGAAGCAAGAGAAGAAGGCUCGUUUGACUGCUGCUGCUGCGUCUGCCGCUGAAGAAAAGGAGAAGGAUGCCAAGGACACCAAGAAACCCCUCUUCGUCAAAUACGGCCUCAACCACAUCGUCGCCCUCAUCGAAGCCAAAAAAGCCGCUCUCGUCGUCAUCGCGCACGACGUCGAUCCCAUCGAGCUCGUCGUCUUCCUCCCCGCCUUGUGCCGCAAGAUGGGCGUUCCCUACGUCAUCGUGAAGGGUAAAGCUCGCCUCGGAACUGUCGUGCACAAGAAGACAGCGGCCGUUGUCGCUCUUCAGGAAGUGAAGAGCGAGGAUCAGAGGGAGCUCGCUACGCUCGUGAGCGCUGCCAAGGCCAACUUCUCUGACAAGUAUGAGGAGCAGCGCCGUGUGUGGGGUGGUGGACUUCGUGGGAAUAAGUCUACCCAGAUGCUUAGGAAGCGCGCAAAGGCUGCUGGGCAGAGUACCACCGCUGCUUCGCUUGGGAAGCUCUAA